AUGUUGAUCGCCGCAUUUGUCAUGGUCGCUGCAUUUGUGGGGUCUGCGAACGCUGCUGCUUGGCCUUUCGAUGUCACCACUAUAUCGGCUCCUGAUGGUUCGAUCACGGCCAAGUUUGUCUCCUUUGGUGCGACUAUGACCGAGCUAUGGGUCAAGGACAAGCAUGGAGAAGCCCUUGACAUCAUUCCCGGGUACGACGACAAUUCCAAGCUACUGACCGACCCUGCGCAUCCUGUGUUUAACCCGAUUGUCGGACGCUAUGCCAACCGCAUCAAGAAUGGAACCUUCUCUAUCCCUAUCUCACGCGACCCUCCUGCAAAUGGGACUGGCGUAUAUCAUAUCCCCACGAAUGAUCAUGAUGGGCAAGACACUCUCCACGGCGGAAUCUACGGAUGGGAUCGUCGCAACUGGACAAUUGUUUCUCAAUCACCUACUAGCGUGACCUACCACCACCUUGAUGCCGCUGAUGAAGGCUUCCCCGGAAAUGUGACUGCUUUUGUGACGCACUCGGUCGAAUCUGGAACGCUCAAGACGCAGGUUUACGCAACUGCAACUCGGGAAACUCCCAUCAUGCUCACUCAGCAUAUCUACUGGAACCUUGACGCUUUCCGCACAAACACGUCCAACUGGAAUACGUCCAAUGUUCUGGACCACAAUUUGCAGGUCACCGGCUCUCACUACAUUGUCACAGAUUCCAAUGGUCUCCCUACUGGACCCAUCCCUACCGUCGAAGGUACGCCUCUGGAUUUCCGGACUUCGCAAGCAAUUGGCUCUAGAUGGAAUGAGACCGUUGGCGUAUGUGGCCCCGGAUGCCAGGGAUAUGAUAACUGUUGGAUCUAUGAUGGUUCGGCAGAGAACACUCCCGGAACAACACUUUGGAGCGACUUCUCCGGUAUCAAAGUCGAAAUCACGACCAAUCAGCCAGCCGUGCAAGUAUAUACGGGAAACUAUCUGGAUACACCUCGCAAAGCCGUCCACGGCGGCCCGACUUUGCUGUAUAGUCCUCACUCAGCAGUUGCCAUUGAGCAGGAAGGUUACAUCGCCGCGAUCAACAAUCCCGAAUGGAAUAUCGAUCAGAUUUACGCACCUGGAAAGGACUUCACGUGGAGUACAGUGUACAAAUUCUCUAUCGUGCACUGAGCGACGAUGUGGUCGAACGAUGUGAACGUGACAAUACGGUGUUAUCG